CUUCAUUCAGAUCAUUGGUGUGUUGUGUAAGACAUUCAUAGAUUGCGAGCAAAAUGUUAUCGUUUCGGCAUUUGUCUCAAACCCUAAUGAAACCAAACUCUUUAAAUAAGUUGAGAUUUUUGACAAAUGAUUUGCAUCUAAACCACACAAUUGUCCGCUUAAGACAUUCCGCACGUAUGAACACAUGUGUGGUGUUUGUUCCCCAACAGGAGUCUUGGAUUAUCGAAAGGAUGGGAAAAUUCAACAAAAUAUUAGAUCCCGGGUUUAAUGUCCUCAUACCUAUUAUCGAUCAGAUUAGUUAUGUUCAGAGUCUCAAAGAGUUAGCCAUAGAUAUUCCUCAACAGUCGGCCGUAACGGCGGAUAACGUAACCCUUAACAUCGAUGGCGUGUUAUAUCUCCGAGUGGUGGACCCGUACGCCGCCUCCUAUGGCGUCGAAGACCCCGAGUUCGCGAUCACCCAAUUGGCUCAGACGACGAUGCGAUCGGAAAUCGGAAAAAUCACUUUGGAUUCA